AUGACACCGCUGUUUGAAGUUCGUCCAAGGCCCACGAGUGUAAAUGGCUUGAUCAAGCGCCUGGGUGAUGCCGACUGCAACAGUAAAGAGAAAGAGGCUUUGCAGGCGCUGGUAGUAAGCAUGGUUGAUCUGGUUCGGAAUCAAGACUUAGCAACUUAUUACCUCGAGGCCUCACGACUGGCUCAAAUCGCCGAUAAAGAAAGAUAUUUCGACCUGAUGAGAGCUCUCACCAACGCUGUGACAAAAUAUUCCACGGAAGGUACUAUCCUCGAUCGGCACCUGUUGCCAUCUCUCGAUUAUGCUCUACGUUGCCGCCGCACGAACCCAGCGGCAGAGUCGUUCAAUCCAGUAUCGACGCUCACGAGUGUAUUUGAACGGUUGAAACUAUCAUUCAAACAGGCGGAUAUACAGACUCAAUACCACCUCCUCUUUUUUCUGGGUACGGUUUUGGACACGCUCAUUGACCUCAAGGUGAAUGGAAUCAAUCGAGAGGAGAUAUACGAGCCACUCGUAAAUCUACUCGACCAGUUAAAGAGCCACGACGAACCUCGACUGGCUCAGGCAGCGAGUUAUGCCUCCGAGGCGCUGCGUGGCGUACCAGAUAAUGUCGACGUUUGGAAUUUAUUUUGGCAGACCAGCGGGCAGGUCAUUUCCGCUGCAUCCAACAUUGCCGGCGGCGUCACCAGCAUGGAUCCAGGCAAGUUCGUGACUGCCGCCCCCGAGGUCCUUGAGCUCUAUGCCUUGUUAAAAGAUCUGCUUGAUGCUGGACACCGUCGCUUAGAAGACCGAAAAAAGAAAAAGUUGGAGGAGGCCUUACGGAACAAUAUCAACAAAAACAGCAACCAGCGGCUGUGGUAUCGAGUUCUAAGGUACGCAAGUCUUUUGCUCUCCGCCAACUCAUUCGACGUGCUCCAAGGCGCCCUGCGGGAUAUUUCGAUCAAGCUUGGCUCAGAAUUUUGGUGUGGACUGUAUGCUCAAGUCGAACAAACCUGGCUGCGUGGCGACAAUGGCACUAAGGCUAGUGCUGUGGAUUUUAUUGAGUGGACAUUUAGCCUGGAAUCGGUGAUGAAGGUCAGAAGACAUGACAAGCAGGUGCAGAGAAUGGUUGCCCUCUUAUCUGAGACACUCGAGCACCCUGAAUGGAAGACAUCGGUCAAGGAACGCCAUUGCAUGUUUCGACGCCCUUUUCGAACUAAAAUCACAACGGAGCCGACUCUCCGACAGCCAUUUCAGUAUCGACUUGAUGAACAAGAUCGAACGAGCCUUCUCGAAGAUGCAUGGAUAAGAUGCAAUCCAGCACAAAGAUUUUACGCUGAUGUUGCACUGACCCAGUAUUACAAACGCGACGAUUGGCAUGUUCUCAAGAUUUUUCGCCUAUCUGGAGAGCCUCUGGAGAUGAAAAGCUGCUUUAUCAAUCUUGGAAUUGUGGAAUCUGCAUCUUCCGAGCGCGAAACCAGCGAUGAACGCUUCGAGGUGUCUUUGAGAAGGCGUUUGACCGUGUAUCCUUCAAAGAAUGGUAAAGCUAUUCAUUUACCGGAUCUAUUUAGCCCACGAAAACUAGCAAAUGGUCGUGAAGGCAGGCCCGAGAGGAUAUUAAUCCGGGGUCGUGCAGGAGUCGGGAAAACAACUUUAUCUAAGAGGAUCGUUCACGACAUGUUGCGUGGUCAGCUUACUUCAUGGGGGUUUGAUCGAGUACUCUGGAUUCCGCUGCGAUCUCUAGACCCAGGUAUUGAUUUGAAACAGUUCAUCAUAGGUAAAAUGUUUGGUGAUGGGCAACCAGAACGCGAAAUGCUUGCGACAGCGCUAUGGGAAAUGCUAGCAGAACCAUCAGAUACACGAACACUUUUCAUCCUUGAUGGAUUUGAUGAGAUCGCCGACAAAGCCGAGCAAGCCCCAUUCGCGCAGCUUCUCGCCCGCAGAAAUGUUAUAAUCACGUCACGCCCUUACGCAAUCCACCCUUACCAGUUCCGGAGAGGAUUUGAUCUUGAACUUGAAACCGUCGGAUUCCAACCAGAUCAAGUAUUUGAAUAUCUCGACCGAGCUGUAGCAGACGAAGUACGGGGACAGGAAAUCAAGGAUUUCAUCCGUAAUCAGUCGCUGAUGAAAGGACUGUUGCAAAUCCCGAUUCAACUGGACGCAUUGUGCUAUUCAUGGGGAGAAACAACAUUUUCGGACCCCCCGCAAACGAUGACGGCUCUGUACCAGGCAAUUGAGCUAAGGCUGUGGAGGAAAGAUAUUGUCCGCCUUAACAGAGGCUCAGAGAUCGCAGUCAAAGCUUUGUUGGACAGGGACCAGCUGGAAGCUUCUAUGAAGUUGGAAGUUGACUUGCUGGAACAAAUUGCGUUCAACGGUCUCUAUCAUAACACGGUCGACUUCGCACCUCGUUUUCGACACAAGGUUUACAAAAUGUUUCCUGGGAUAGCUGCCAUAGAUGACACUAAAAUUGACCGUCUGUCCUUCUUACGUGCCGUUGAUUCAGGCCCUGGGAGCAAGGUUUACUAUUUUAUUCAUCUUACAUUCCAGGAGUAUUUCGCGGCCAACUACUUUGUACGCUGUUGGGUCAACAACGUCUCGCUCAAUGUUAUUCAGCUCAACAUGAGCGGAGUUAAGCAGGUUUCACCCAAAGAGCUGCUGAUGCAGGAAAAAUACAAUGGACGCUACAAUAUCAUGUGGCGACUUGCAGUGGGAAUCUUACACAGUCAGAACUUGCAGCAUUCACUCGAAUUCAUCGACCUACUCAAUGACUUUCCAAGAGAUAUCCUUGGUCCGGUUCACGCACGCAUCCUCAUGCAUUGCUUCAACGAGAUCCCGCAGGACCAAGGUAAUCUCACUUUAGAAGAGAGGAGGAGUGAACUCGAGAAAAAAUUAGAAAAUCUUCUGUGGUUGGAUUUGGGAACUGGUAUAUCUUUUGCCUCUGAGAUGGAAUUCCCAGAGCGCUUGCUUAGCAAUCUUCUUACGCAAGGGUCCAACAGAUGCCAACACAAGGUUUUAUUCAGUUUAUUCCUUCGGCCACAUCUUUCACAUAACCUUGUUCGGCAGGUGGCAGAACUCGAAGAUCCCUCAAACUCUCAUUCAGUAAUGAUUUCUGGGGUUCUUGCUAGCCACCACAAAAUCUUUUUUAACAAGAUUCUAGAUAUCUUGGAGAAUGGAUCUGAGGAGUUACAAGGCUUCUUGUGUGACCAAUUGCAGUUUGAAAAGGAUUUGCCUGACGAAUUCAUGAAUGCAUCGGUGCACCUAGUUUCUACCACGGGGAGCGACGAAGCAGCAACUCUUUUGUCACGCCAGUCUACACUUCAACAAAACAUUAUAACAGAGCUCAUCUACCUGUUGAGACAUGAGAACCCAGUUAUAAGUUGCCGUGCCGUUCAAGCAUCGUACGGGGCUAUAGCAACAGAUGAAAGUCUACUUACCGCGGUCAUCAAUCUGCAAGAUGAUGAAGAUGACUGCACGGUAUACAGUGUAACUAAAGCGCUAGCUCAUGCUCCUGCCUGUCGCGAUGUCCAGGAGUGUUUGACUAAGUUACUUCAAGAUCCGGCAUGGAAGAUCAGGCAUAGGGCUGCCGAAUCUCUAGAGGCCCAGCACAAUAUAUCUACCGAUACUAUCGAGGCUCUGCUCCAGAAUGUUUACCACAGUAACCCCAAUGACCAGGUGGCGGCACUGAAAGCCUGGUGCAAACAUGCUCCCUCCCGGGACAAGAUAUUAGAGAUUUGUUUAUCUUGCUUGGAGUCACCCGAGUUGAUCUCGACUGCGAUUGAUAUGAUAGGACGAUACUGGGCCCUGCCGAAUGAUCGAAGCGUCUUUGAACAAGUGUAUUUAUGGCUUGGGGGCUCUCAAAGCAACCUCCACGAACUCGCCCUGGGCAUCUUGAAAGCAUAUCGCAACCUAGAUGAUGGGUGUUUGCGACAGGUGAUCACAUUCCUUUCAGAUGCGCACCCACCUUCAGUGCGCUCGAUGGCACUGAAAGUCCUCGCGGCGCAACCCAAAUUACCUGAGGGUGCAAUCGGACUAGUGGAAACGCUCCUCGAGGGCGAUAGCGACUCCGUAGCUGGUAGUGCAUUGGAGGUUUUCCUCGAACAUUCAAUCGCGAUCUCUUCGACCACAGCAAUGGCAAUAAUUAAAUUGGCUUCAAGAGUGUAUAAUCCCUUCACACCAGGAAUCAUUGCAUUCAAAACACGGCUAUGCAGGAAAACGAUACCAGUUGAGACGGUUCACACCCUAAUCGCGUUCCUGGACAGCGAAUCUGCGGAGGUGAGGAAAAUCGCAGGCCUGUGCUUAUCAUCCUGUACGGGGCUUCCUAGCAUGCUCUCCGGUUUCGGUCAAGAGACAUGGGCAAGGAUAUUCUGCCUAUGGUUUGAAAGAAGCUUGAAAGGAGAUCUCUACUGUUUUCUAUGGGAUGACCAUGUCUAUUUGCAUAUGCCAGAGGGGUCAGGCACAAUAGAUGUGAGUAGUUGUGAGCAAAGAGAGAAACUCGACUACGCGACCAGGGCUGUAGAGGGGUUAAUCCCGCUCACGAUGCCUGUUGAUGAAACAGAUGAGAGUGAGGAUCGGUUUGAAUUCUUUGAGUACAAAUCCAGUGGUGAAGGCGAAUCCGAUGAAGACAGAAAGGAAAAUGAGGAUUAUACUGCCUUGGGUCAGUCUAUCUCACUAAGUUCUGCCCAAAGUCAACCGCCACAGAGCUAG